AUGGCGUCCCUUCUCGUGGUGCGCCCCCGCGCGAGCGCUGCGGCGGCGCGUGGUGCGCUAGGCGUGCGUGCGAACUCGAGCGUGCCAGAGAAGCGCCGCAGCCGUGCAUCGCUGCUGCGCCGCAACCUUGCGCCGCUCUCGCCGCCGACGCCGCCGCCGUCCGAAAAGGCCUACUCGCCGCUGACGGUCGCGCUGGUGAAGGGCACCGGCAAGCUGCUUGGCUACAACUUUGUGCGCAGCAAGGCCAUCAAGGUCACUGGUGACCUGUACGACCGCGCCGCGCAGCGUGCGCAGGCCGAGGCGCACUUUUGGUACAAAGAGUGCGCGCUCCCUCCCUCGUUCCAGACCUGGUUCCAGCUGACAAACCUGCACAUCUUUCUCCUGCUGAGCCGCUUCCGUGCGCUGGAGAAGGAGGAGGCGCGUGAGUACUCGCAGGAGCUCAUCAACCACUUUUUCAUCGACACCGAGUCGCGCAUGCGCGAGCGCUUUGGCGUGCAGACCUCGCGCCUGGUCAAGGGCUACAUGAAGGACUUGCACCUGCAGCACCGCGGCUCAAUGAUCGCCUACGACGAGGGCCUCGCGACAGACGACGUGCGCCUCUCGGGCGCGAUCUGGCGAAACGUUUGGGGCGGCGGCUGGGGCGUCAUUGGCGGCGUGAAGCGCAAGACGCCCCUCGACAAGACCAAGAAGGGCGAGGACCCGAGCCCAGAGGGCACGCCGGUACUUGCAUUCGACAAAGAGACCGGCACGCUCGAGGAGCCCGCUGAGGUCGACGAGGACCGCGCGGCGCGCGCCGAGAUCCUCUUUCCGCAGCACCUCGAGCGCGUGACGCGCUGGCUGCGCCGCGAGCUCUACCGCCUCGGCCACCUGCCGGACGACGUGGUGCUCGACGGCGACGUGCACGCGCUGCGCACCGUGCCGGUGCCCGACAUGCCGACCAUGUCGACGCCCGCCGACGCCGAGGCGGCGCAGGGCGCGGCGGCGGGCCAGGAGUCGCCGGUCGUCUCGGCCUAUACGCGUAUUUAG